UGGCGCGCUGAACAUCCUAUCACAAUCCAAUCGUAUAGCUCUCCCUUCCCGAAUGAGCGCAGACUUACAGCAUAUCUACUUAAAACUCACCUGGACUUACCUAUUAAAGCAUGGCUUCACCUUGGCGACGAGCUUGCACUUCUUGCACCAAGUCUAAGAGACAAUGCACCAAAGGUCUACCCGUGUGCCGACGGUGUGCGGAUAAACGCAUACCCUGCAUAUACCCUCCAGCACGGCGAAUCGUUCAUGCGGAAACAGAUAUGAUGGCGUCAGCAUCAUCAUCAGUCGCAGACGCGCCCGCAGACGCGCCCUCGGUGAGUCAGAGUGGUGGUAACGACGCGGACUCAUGUGAUUUAGGCUUCCCCCCUCUCUCGCUGACGCCAGCGGAAGUAGCCGGGAGAGCAAUAGGGUGUCGAGCAGCCGCUCCGGCGCCAAUAGCAGCAGCAGGCCCUCAGCCGCAAGCCCCGCCCGAUGCUACGUCCUCGGAUACCUGGUUCUUAACGCCGGAGUCAUGGUUCGCGGAUUUUACACCUCCCCCGGUCCAAUCGGCGGCGGUGAUGGAUGGCGUGAUCCGGCGCUUCAUCGAGAGCGUGCAAAGCUGGCUAAGACGGUGGGUGACGGAGGGCAGCAGUCCACUACACCAUAGGAACCUGUACCGCGAGAAGAUGCCACGGCACAUACAGGACGCAUACACGGCCAUCGCCAUGUACCAUACCUUACCUCCUUCCAACAGCCAUAACCACAGCCAUGGUCACAACCACAGCCAAAGGACAUCAUCUACCGCCAGCGCCGACGCCCGGGCAACAGCAACCCGCAUCCUCGACGACCGCGCAACGCAGCUACUAGAAGACCAAGCACUCUCGCUAUCACUAGGCAAGAACCCCGAUAUCUUCGACCACCUGAGCCGGGUACAAGCGCUACUAGCGUACCAGACGAUCCGGCUCUUCGACGGCGAUGUGCGCAUGCGGGCGCAGGCCGAGGCGCUGAUCCCGACGCUGGCGCUCUGGGCCCGGCAGCUACUCGACUGUGCACGCGAGUCGCUGACGCGGGGGGCGCGGUUUCUAGCUGAGCUGGUGAGUUCGGGGUAUUGCUCCGGGUCUGGGUUUGGGGCGGGUGCGGGGUUUGCUUUUAAUCCCAUUCCGAACAGUGGUCAUGACUGUGGUGACGACGGUGCAAGUCCCGGGUCUGAGUCUAGUUCGAGUUCGGGUGGUGGGAUUAGAGGAGGAGGGGGAGGUAGUCAUUGUUCGGAAGAAGGGUUGUGGAGGGCUUGGAUCCUAGUCGAGAGCGUGAGGCGGUCGUGGUCGAUUGCGACUUAUAUCCAGGAGACAUACAUGUAUAUGAAGCAGGGCUGGUCGGAAUGUCCUGGACGUGUGACGAUCACGAUGCGGGGAGGGUUGUGGGAUGCGAAGUCGCCGUAUGCGUGGUAUCGCGCGUGUAGGGAGGAGGGCGCGCUAUUCCUGCCGACGACGCGAACGGAGAGUUUAUUUUAUGACAAGCGACCUGAGGAUGUCGACGAGUUUAGUCUGAGCAUUAUGGAGCUGGGCUUUGGAGAGGAAAGAUUAGAAAGGUGGAUUGGGGAGAAGGGAGGGAGGGGAAGAGGAAAGGCGUUAAUGAUAGAGGGAUGGGAUGGGGAAAUGGCGAUGUGAUGUGUUUAAUGGCGGAAUGUACGGUGCAUGCAAGGUGAUAGUGGCGGCAAUGUAUGAUGAAAAUAGAUUACGGAACACUACUACCUAGGUAGAAAGUACCAAUGAAUUCAAGACGUCUAGGACAGAAC